CCGAUGGGGGAUUAAAUUUGGGGGAGGGUUUGAAACAUUAGUUGGUGCUCAAUGGUUGCGAGUGUAGAGUGUGCAUUUGCCAGGGUGAGUGUCGUGUGUUAAGGGGAGAGCCAAGACAGGAAUACAGAACUAACCACAAUCUCCCUCACUCUCUUUUGCGCUGCCUCUCUCCCUCUCUCUCACAAACAGAUGCACACACUCCCUCUUCUCGGUGUUCUCUCCCUCUCACUGCCUUUCUGAAUUCAGUGGGAUUUGACUCGGUCACUACGAUGUUUGCUGUUGCUGGAAUCUCUCUGCAGUGAGCACGCUGAGGUUAUGCUACCCAAAAGUCCUCCGUUGAGUAAGAAAGAGAGUGAAAAGGGCUAAGGACUGCUUCGCAACAUACUGCCCUGACCUUGUGAUCUGCAACGGAGCCAUGAGCAACCCUAAGGAUGCCAGCGACACCAAUGUCGCCACCAACACUAUGGCCACAGCCACCUCAGCUCCAUCGGCCCCUUCUAGGCGGAGUGAAGAUGAUGAUGAUGAUGAAGAGCAGGACCUGAACAAGACCCUGGGGGUGCAGCUCUUCCAGCAGAUCCUCCACCCACCGGCCCGUGGACCCCCAGAGAAACACCGUGCCUACAACGAAGAAGACUUUGAGUACCACCGCCACUCCUCCCACCACAUCCACCACCCGCUGUCCAAACUACCCCCAGAAAGGAGGAAGAAGAAGAGCAAGAAGAAGGAAGCGGGAUGGAGGAGAGGAUCCGGGCCUGGCGGAGCACCCAACAUAGAGGAGGACGAGGAAGAAGAGGAGGCAGAUGAGUCCUACAGCCAGAACGAUGGAGAGGGGGGGCAGACCACCACACCCACACCUGAUACUGACACGGACACACACAACGAGGAUGUGCAGUUCUUCGUGUCUGAGGAUGACCCUGCCAGUGCCACUCCUGCCCCCACGCACAGCAAGGGUGGCAGUGCCACCCUUACCAGACGCCUCACCAUCGUACCUGAGACUGCCCUGGGUACCAACAUGCCAGAGGAUGCCACGGAUGAGCCAGUGGACGCAGUGUUGGCCCCCAACAAAGGGAGGAAUGGCCUAUCCUCUGGCCCCUCCCGGGAGUCCCACAACCCCUCCACACGGGGCUCCACGCCUCCCUCCUCCUCCGCCUCCUCUUCCUCCUCCAGGACACCGCCCCCUGGCAGCCGCGGCUACGACCUGCAGGAGCGCCGGCGCUCGGGCAACAUGACGGGCGGGCAGCAGGAGCGCCACCAGCGCCAGGCCACCGACGACAGCGAGGCCCAGAUGCUGGGGUCCGCCGACCUGGACGGCAUCAAGAGUCACAGGUUCGAGGAUGUGCCUGCGGUGCGCCGUCACCUGGUCAGGAAGAGCAACAAGGGUCAGGUGGUGCACAUCAGCAAAGACCACAAGGAGCCUAGUGCCCACUGCUGCAAGUUGGACCGUACCCCACAUGAGCCAGUGCUUGAGUAUCGGUCCUCCUCGCAUUCGGACAGAAUGGUUCGCUUGGAGUUCGUGGGUCGUAUGGCACGGCACCAGAAGGUGUUUGUGGAGCUGAACGAGUUGGUGAUGGAUAAGAACCAGGAGUUGCAGUGGCGGGAGACGGCCCGCUGGAUCAAAUUUGAGGAGGACGUGGAGGAGGAGACGGACCGCUGGGGCAAACCCCACGUUGCCUCGCUCUCCUUCCGUAGUCUUCUGGAGCUCCGCAAGACCAUCUCCCACGGUGCGGUGCUGCUGGACCUGAACCAGCACACCUUGCCUGGCAUUGCCCAUCAGGUGGUGGAGCAGAUGAUAAUCUCUGACCAGAUCAAAGUGGAGGACCGGGCCAAUGUCCUCAGAGCCCUACUACUCAAACACAGUCACCCGAGCGACGAGAAAGAACACAGCUCUUUCACGCAGAACAUCUCUGCCGCCAGCCUGGCCUCCCUGAUGGUGAACCACCACAGCAGCAGCAACCACAUAGGCCAAGCCGAGCCCUCUGUCAUUGACCCCGUUGUAGGUGGAGGAGAGGCCGCCUGCAUCCUUCCAGACACCCGCAUUGACAUGGAGAAGAGCGAGAAAGACAAUCCUCCCAAAUUGGGCAUGCACAGGUCCAAGUCCAAACAUGAGCUCAAGUUGCUGGAGAAGAUUCCGGAAAAUGCAGAGGCCACCGUCGUCCUCGUAGGCACCGUGGCCUUCCUGGAGCAGCCAUCCAUGGCAUUUGUGCGUCUGCAGGAAGCCGUGCUGCUGGAAUCUGUGCUGGAGGUGCCCGUCCCUGUACGUUUCCUCUUCCUUCUAAUGGGCCCGCCCAUUGCCAACAUCGACUACCACCAGAUCGGCCGCUCCAUCUCCACACUUAUGUCUGACAAGCACUUCCACGAGGCGGCGUACAUGGCGGACGAGCGGCAGGAUCUGCUGAACGCCAUCAACAGCUUUCUGGACUGUAGCAUUGUGCUGCCGCCGUCUGAGGUGGGCGGCGAGGAGCUGCUUCGCUCUGUGGCCCGCUUCCAGAGAGAGAUGCUCCACAAGAGAGAGGAGCAGCAGGGCAAGAAGCUCAAGGUCAAAGAGCCCAAGAGCCCAAAGGAUAAAGCUCUGCAGGCACCCUUCAAACCUGGGGAUGACCCUCUGCGCCGGUCCGGCCACCUGUUUGGGGGGCUGAUCAGUGACGCCGCACGGCGCUACCCCAAAUAUGCCAGUGACUUCCGUGAUGCACUCAACCCCCAGUGCAUGGCUGCCAUCAUCUUCAUCUACUUCGCUGCUCUGUCGCCCGCUGUCACCUUUGGAGGACUGCUGGGUGAGAAAACGGGGGGGUUGAUUGGCGUGUCGGAGCUGAUCAUCGCCACGGCGAUGCAGGGGGUCAUCUUUUCCCUCCUGGGGGCACAGCCUCUGCUGGUGGUGGGCUUCUCUGGACCCCUCCUGGUUUUUGAGGAGGCCUUCUACUCAUUCUGCAAUGCCAACCACAUAGAGUACUUGACGGGCCGGGUGUGGAUUGGCUUCUGGCUGGUGCUCAUUGUGGUCAUCAUAGUGGCCUUUGAAGGUAGCUUCCUGGUCCGCUUCGUCACGCGCUUCACCCAGGAGAUCUUCUCCUUCCUCAUCUCCCUCAUCUUCAUCUACGAGACCUUCUCGAAACUGGGCAAGAUCUUUCAAGAGCAUCCUCUCCAACGCUGUUACCUGGUCAACGACACAUGGACAUCCUCAUCAUGCAACAACACUGUGGUUGGCGUGCCUGGCAAGGUGGUGGGGGAGCCCAACACAGCCCUCCUGACGUUGGUGCUAAUGUCCGGAACGUUCUUCAUUGCGUUUUACCUGCGCAAGUUCAAGAACAGUUCCUUUUUCCCAGGCAAGCUCCGUAGGAUGAUUGGAGACUUCGGGGUUCCCAUCGCGAUUCUCAUCAUGGUGUUGGUGGACUACAGCAUAAAAGACACCUACACCCAGAAGCUAAGCGUGCCCACAGGCUUCUCGGUGACCAGUCCUGAAAAGCGGCAGUGGCUGAUCCCCCCGCUAGGCUCGGACGGACAGUUCCCUGUCUGGAUGAUGGCCACCAGCAUCUUACCUGCCCUGCUCGUCUUCAUCCUCAUCUUCAUGGAGACACAGAUCACCACGCUGAUAGUCAGUAAGAAGGAACGGAUGCUGUUGAAGGGCUCCGGCUUCCACCUGGACCUGCUCAUCAUCGUGGCCAUAGGUGGGGUUUCGGCCCUGUUCGGCCUGCCCUGGUUGGCCGCCGCCACCGUGCGUUCUGUUACUCACGCAAACGCCCUUACCGUCAUGAGCAAGGCGGUGGCCCCCGGCGACAAGCCCCGUAUCCAUGAAGUGAAAGAGCAAAGGGUGACGGGCUUCCUCGUAGCUCUGUUUGUCGGUUUGUCCAUUGUGAUCGGAGAUCUCCUGCGUCAGAUCCCCAUCGCUGUGCUCUUUGGGAUCUUCCUCUACAUGGGCGUCAUGUCCCUCAACGGUAUCCAGCUCACCGAGCGCAUGUUGCUGCUUUUGAUGCCUCCCAAGUAUCAUCCUGACCACACUUAUGUCCGCAAGGUGAGGACCCUGCGCAUGCAUCUGUUCACGGGGAUCCAGCUGGUGUGUCUGGCGGCACUGUGGACAGUCAUGUCCACCGUGGCUUCGCUGGCCUUCCCCUUCGUCCUCAUCCUCACCGUGCCCAUCAAAUGGUUCCUAUUGCCCCGCAUUUUCACCACGCGCGAGAUGCAGUGUUUGGAUGCAGAUGACACAGAACCUAAGUUUGAUGAGAGGGAGGGACAGGAUGAGUACACAGAGAUGGUGCCAACGUGAUGGACAUUCUGCCAACCAAUAUACACCCUAGCCCUACAGUAUACUCCAGGAAGUUUCUCCAAACCCACCAAAUCCUUUGUUUGUUCACCUGAUAUUUUAUAACGCACCUCUGAUGGUUUUAAAUGUUUUACUCAUUUUUUAAACUGAAUUGUCUUGAAAGCUUUUUAGGGUCCCAACUCCCACAUCAUAUUUUUUUUUGUCUAUUUUCACUAUGUUGCUUUUUGGAAGGUGGAUUUGUCCUUCAAAAAUAAUUUGAGUUACUAUGUUGAUUCAUGUUUUUAGGUAUCUUUGGGGUGUGUUUUAAUGGAGUUGGUGGGAGUUUGAAUUGCUAUGUGUCAAAGACUAGAGCCCAAUUCCAAGUCUCCACCUUCUGCGCAAAGUGUGCACCACAAUUGGGCUUUUAGCAGAAACCACAUCCUCUGAGGUCAUGACCUAAGAAGAAGCACUUUAUUACGAUAGGAUCAGUACAGAUGUAGUAUACAUCUUAUCACAUUGUACUGAUGAAUAUAUACAUGUACAACAUAGUCAUAGACAAACAUUUACCAUUCAGUCUAGUUCCCACGGUUAGGCGUAUCAUUGCAGUAGUCUUUUGAAUGUUACAUAUUUAUUACUACUAUGGUACAUUUUUCAUUCAAGAGUGGGUAAAAUGUACACUACAUGGUUCUCAAUUCACAUGAUUUUACAUGGCCCUCCAGUAUGGCAAAUUCAUUUAAUUAAUGUUGUAGCUUCACUGAGAAGCACUUACUAUAAUGCACACUGACAGAAGUAAAAGCAACAAAACCUGAUAAAUCUAAUGGUUCCCCAUCAAAAGGGCAACUAGGCCACGCUCAGUUAAUUGUUGUUUUCAAUGAGGAGGGUUUCUGUGCCCAUUCCAAUUGCCUUUAGUCCAAUACAAUAUGUUUAACUUGUACUGUACCUCAAAUUGCUUAAAUACAAGAGUAGAAAAGAUUUGCAUUAUAGAGCUUUGCAUUAUAGAACCAAUUAUUUGCAGUGUGUUUGUGGGGCCUGUCCAACUCUCUUUCGGCAAAUAGCAUGUGACUGUGACACCAUUAUAACUUUAUGUAUAAUAUGGUUUGAAUGGUAUUUGCAUUUAUUAUGGAUCCCCAUUAGCUGCUGCCAAUGCAGCAGCUGCUCUUCCUGGGGUCCAGCAAAAUAAAGGCAGU